UGGGAUGACCUCUGCCGUAAUGAGCACCAGCUGUUUGAAGAAGAUAACGUUUUGGCGAUAGUAUUAUUCCUCGCUGGUAGCAGCCCUUUUCCUUCCUCCUGGACCGACUCCAAUCAGCUGAUACAGAUAUUUGUUUGAGGGCUGACACUGAAUACUGACACGCCACAACUAUGAUGAACUUGGACUGAAAUCUGCCACAAGAGACGCCACAAAAGAGACAAGUUGGAGACAUUAGUAGCAAAUAAUUUACCAUGAAAGUCAGUCAUCAUAAACUGGACUAUUAAAGUAUGAAAAUCAGUAACACAAGACAAAGUUAGGCUUUAUAAAAGAAUGUCAACAUGGAUACUGAUUAAACGCCACCAUGCUAAUACAUGACAAAUAAUUGAUUCACUGCGCUCCUGUAGUACUAUGUUGUCGUUCACAGUUUAGAAAGUGUUUAACUCCAAGGAUGGACCACUUGUUGAAGAGUAAUCCUCUGAAACAUCACUUGACUGUAUUUUGAUGCUCUUAUCUUUAAGAGGCACAGUCACAGACUGUAUGUGCAGAUGGGUAACAUGAUAACUCCUUAAAAGUGAAGCCAAAAUCUUUAAAGCUCCUUCCAUUGACGAAAUGCAGUACAAGCAACUGAGCCAGCUUCCUCCAUGUUAACAGAUGGGACAUGGGUCAAACUUUAAAAUCAAAUAACAGGUCAAAUAAAAUGUUCUCAAUCAAGGUUUUGCUCAUGCGGAUUUAUUCCUGAUUAAUUAUAUGUAUGAAAAGUUAAGUUAUAAUUAGAUAUUUAAAGCUAAAAGUUAAGGUAUCACUAUUGCUGAACAGAGGGAAUAUUUGGGAAACAAAACCACGGCUUCGACAGCUGAUUAGUAACACCAACUCCAGCUUUGGUAACAUAUUCAGGACAACAAGGCAGAUCUCGAGAGUUGUGAGAGGGUUAGGGCUUCAUCAUUGUAAACCCAUUUUUGUUUACUGCCAGUCUUUGUGAUUGUUCAAACUUAACACACUUAAAGAAAGUCAAGUUCUUCGUGACCAUGGCUUUAAGAGGCUAGACUGUUGGUUAGAAGCUCCUUUUGUUCUAUCUGUAAGAAUCUCCUCAAAAUCAUAAAAUUAAACAACAUACUAAGCCUAAAAUGAUUAAAUGUGGCUGUUGGAAUAAAUCUAGACUGAAUGACUGAUUAAAUGACUCACCUGUCUGGCUAUAUACCUAGCUGCCUACCUGCAGGCACUGUGCACUCAUAGUCCGAGCAACUAUGUGAACAAACGCUUUUAGAUGUGGCUCUGAUAGUUUCCUCAUCCUGGUCUGAACAAAGUUUACUUCUUCCUUCCUAGAAGCCUUUAUAACUUGUCACCUUUGUUGACUGCCACAUCCCCGCAGGUGUUACUCAGGUAUCAGUGUCACAUCAUGGCGGACGGUUGCAGUAUAACAGCAGUACAAAGCUCUGUUUAUCUCAUCAAACUUUUAACAGAGUCAAGAAGAAUCUAAGGUGAGCUAACACACCAUUUAGACUACAGAUCCUGAAGAAGAGAUAAGGACUAGUUUCUCAUGUUAUCUAACUGCUGAAUAUCUAUACCGUCAAUAAAUAUGAAAUUCACUUGAAAAUAUGAGCCAUUUGUGGGGUAAUCUCCAGGCAAAUGAUGUGUGAAUUACGCUCGAAUACUCCAUCAUCCACUCAUCAGAGUCAUGUUUGCACAGGCUGUCAAAGUCCGCCAUUGUUAUGACAGCAUUUGUUAAACACGGAGAAUGUAGCAGUGUGUACAGUAGGUGUGUUUGUGUGUCUGGUUGGGUGGAGGUCAAGGAGGCAGAGAGGUUGCUCCAGGCUAACACUCUGACCUAAUACUGACACAUACUCACACUAUUUCACCAUAGUGUGUCUCUGCAUGUGUGUUCAUGGCUGUUAAAGAGAGGUGUGGGAAGCAGACCCUGAUCUGACCUGUCAUCCAGAACAGAGUAAUUGCGCAGAUUGUGAAACACAAUUGUAAUAAUAGGCUUUCAACUUAAUUUGUUCCUAUUAGCAGACACUUUGUGUAUUAUUCUUGACUGAAGCUUGUGCAACACUUUCCAGUGUGACCGCUGCUUGUCUGGGAUUUUCCAGCACUGCGCAACACAAUCUGAUAGAGCGGCACAAUAAUGAAAAUGACACUAUUUAUAACUUGGAACUUUGAAAAACACCGCAAAAAAUCACCAGUCUCCUGAUGAGCUUCUUUGCUUUUGAAUACCAUAAAUGGACAUCAAUAUUAAUUUUAGUCUAUUUUAUAAAGGCCAAAAAUACUUUUCACAGGAGCUUUAAGUUUCAAAUCAAAUCCCCUUCCUUCUUUUACCUCACUCUUUUCAGACUCCUGAAAGCAGCAGAGGGCUGGCAAAGUAGAAGGUAUGAGAGAUUACAGGUGGAGAGACACUUCAUCAACCUGACCGAUGAAAGUCACUGCCUUACUUCCAUGUAAUCAACAAUUUAUGGCAAGGUUAAGAGCUAUGUCUAAUCUCCGUUAUAAUCCUUGUAAUGGCAACUUCUAAUUCCCUCCUGUCUUCUUUUGCUCAUUAGUUUCACAUAACUACAAUGUUCCUGUUUGUUUGUGUGUUCCCUACACCAGCACCAAAACAAGCAAAACAACACUAUUUUAUAACUCAUCAUGCUUAAUCAAGACUCUUCCUGGUAUUUUUGACGGUAGCAGUGUAGCGUACAUGUUUACGUUCUACAGUCCUGUUACAAAUUGACACUGCCUGCACAGCAGUCAGUUCACUUUUCUGUUUAUGCAAUCAAAUGAGGGGCUGCAUUAAAGUGAAUUCAGGUAGAUGUUUGGGCAACAAGGAAGUGGCAACGGUAUAGUGUCCUUCAGGUGAUACGACAGACAUCACACACCCUGUAAUGUGACUAUUGUACAGAUGCACUUCACAACUGCGAUAUUGUAAGUUCUCAAGCCACGCAAUCUGAUAAGGUACUUCAUUUGUUAUCAAGUUAAUGGUGGUAGUAACUGAGCAUUUCAGUACUACUUGAGCAAGUACGUCAUUCUGAGGGCUCAUGGCUGGUACAACUUAUCACCUUAUGGUUGGAUAUCCUCUUGAAAUGUGAUUGAAGCUGCAGGAGUGAACAUCAGACAGGAGCCUAAAGACCAGUCAAUCAGUUUUGGAACAAAUAUCGAAACUACUGGUGAAUAUAUUUACCUUUCUGUAGAUGAAUGAUGUCGGGGAAGUUGGCGAGCAGGCCUUGGUAGAGAGACAGCUUGUCCAGCAUGUGAAAGAGGUCAUACUUAGGUUGCUCUGCAAACAUCUCUCCAAUGUUCUCAUAGGUGCGGCCUGUGUGAGAGAUGGCGUUGUUGAAGGUUUCUGAACUGUGUGGAGGGUCCAGCAUGAACGCCUGGCUGAUCGACUGGAAGGCGUUUCCAAGCCGCUGGAACUCCUUCCUGAACCCGCCCAGGUGUUUACGAACCAGCUCCGAGGCCACAUGUGUGAGCUGCAUCACGCUGUCGUCCAUUUUCUUAGCAAAGGCCUUGAAGGUGUCAAUCCGCUCCUCUACAUCCUGAAGGUCUUGGUGCUCGUUGGGAAUCUGGAGGGUCAGCAUGAAGUGUGCGCCCACCAUCUCGUCCUUCUCCGCUCGCCUCUUGCCCAGUUUCCACUGCUUAUCAUCAGCACACAUUAGGAAGUGCUCAAAGCCUUCGUACUGGGAGAGGACUGGGUGACUGGUCAUGUGGUUCAUCCAGAGUAUCAAUCGUCUCUUUCGCUUCUCAAUGAAGUCUUCCUCAAAUCGCCCUGUGGCCUGCUUCUCAGGCAGGUGAGGCACAGAGAUCACAGUGAACUUGUGCAGUAAACGGUUGUACAGCCAGUCAAAGUGUUUGUAGCGUCUGUAGACAGGUCGCCCUGUGUGGCUUGGUGUGACCCGGUACGAAAUGUACGUCUUGAUGCCUUUAAACUUUGUCUGUUUCGUUGGGUCUUCAAUGGAGCAGGAGAAAGGCUGUGGGCUCUCCUUCCACUGAGGCCCUAAGGGGGCCAUGUCGAUGGUGUAAGACUCAGCUAUCUUUGCCAUCAUGGGUACAUCACCCAAGACAAACGCUUCCACCCCUGAGCGGACAAAGCUGGAGAAUCGGUUCAAGUUCCUGCCCACCAUGCUGCCUUUCCUGGAGCUGGAGAUGCUGUCCUGCCGCUCCAUGUGUGGUUUGGAGCGGUAGUAGACAUUGGGGUUGUUGGAAAGUGGGCUCUGAUGUGCAUGUCCAUUGGCCCCUGGGCUCCUGGUGUGGUCAGCAUCUUCCACAACUGUCGACCUGUCAUCCCAGUCGUCCCAGUCAUCAUCAUCAUCGUCAUAGAAACUCUGCUGCAUAUGCAGGGAAGAGUUUGGGGUCGAGGGGAAGUAGGAGGAGUCAUUUCCUAAAGAUCCCGCUGGGCUUAUGGAGCAGUCAGUCACGUUGGAAUUGGAGCGAGUGCGAAUAAUCUCCACAUAGGAUGCAGGGAAGAGCCCCCUCUCCCCUCGGCUGUUCUCCCCCUGAAACCAGCCGUCCACUGAAUUCUCAUCAAAGAUCACCAGUUCCUCGUUCUCCUGGAUGCUGAUCUCCUCUUUGUUCUCACUUUGAAAAGUGUAGAGUGCUUUGGCUUUCACUGACAUCUUGAUAAUCCAGUGGGUCCAAAAGCAGAAUUUGAAAAAAUCUACAUCCACAUAGUGCUUAGAUUAUAAUGAUGCUACUGUCUGGAUUCAUGCUGUUUUGGAAACAUCUGACUCUAGCUCACUGUAAUAUGCAAACAACUCAAAUUACAUGGCAGCUGUCGGAUCAGGUGUGCAGCAGCACUGCAUUUUCUAUGUAAAUUUAAUGACCUGACUUGGUAAACAAAGAGGAAGUCAGCAGUUAUGUAAAACUAUUUCUGUGAUCCAACACAGUCUAAAACAAAUCUACUGUGAGCACUAGCAUCCUCAGCCCAUUCAGGCUCUCACUCUUUUCCUUUCUGCCUAACUAAAGUCUAACAAAAGUCUAACAAAAACUUUAUGCAACAAAAGCCCUGUAACACAUUAAAUCCCUCAUAUAGACUCUAACGAUGCCUCUCUUCACAGUACAAAACACAACAGGUUCAAAAGCAGAACUGGUUUCACCAAACAGCUCCUCCAAAAGCAGCGCCGGUGGAUUUAAUCCUCUGAAACUGGUCUGCAGCCUCGCAUUGUUCACUCAUGAGACACUUGAUUCUCAUCCCGGAGCCUUAAAACGAUCCUAGAUGAAAAUAUUUCCAAGACAAAGUGGCGUGAGGAGAAACAGACGGAUGCGUAAUGGUAUCCCUGUGCAUUGAGACUCGUCUGCAUUCCCUCAGUCUGAAACUUGCAGCGUUUUCCUUGUAAACAGGUUCCUGCGCAUCUUCGGUCGAUACUUUAAACUGAAGCAAACAGCAAAACCGGCGUCCAAACAGCCUCCUUCCUCAUGUUAUUAUCACCCAGCACGGGUCAGUGAUGUUUCUUUGGGUUUAUUCCUGUGCGCGCUGCAACAAAAGUAACUCUUUCCAUGACGUUAGGCUUGGACAAUUGAAGGCAACUUCGCCUUUUUUCACCAGCUCCUUUAUACUCUGAGUGAAAGAGAGGGAAACUGGCUCGACACCGCCCUCAACAGGACAAAGACGUUAUAGCUGCUAGUGAUGGGCACGGCAGUUCUUUUAGAUGUACUGAAUCACUAGAAUCAGUUCACUAAAAAGAUUCGUUCAAAAGAUUCGUUCGUGGAAUCAUCGAAUCAUUUGGCUGUGUCUCUUUGGCAAAAAGGUUUGUAAAGAUGAACUUGUUUAUAAGUCAUGAUGUUUAAAGUGUACUGUCCUAUAGUAUGCUAUUUAUCAGGUCUGCUCGGUAAAUUGGGCUCAAUGAGUGAUUAAUUCACUGAACAUGCAUCAUUCCCUCGCAAACCGCUGCAAUGAUAGGAUGCUCCAGGUGCACUAUGUGUUACAUGCUGUGUCCUAUUGUAUGCAAGUUGUGGUGGCAAUUUAGCAGUAAAAAAUAAUAAAAUAAGUGUAGUUGGAGUGUAAUUUAAUGCGUGAUUCGUUUACCAAGUGAUUCAGGCGUCGGUGCAUGCGGUCCCUCCUUUGCCUGGCAGUGCAGCGUGCUAUGGCAUCUGCCCUGCUGACAGCUCAACUGAAGUGAGAAACGAACGUUCAGUAGGCUCACUUAAAAGAUUCUGUUUUUUUAACGAAUCGUUCGCGAACGACACAACACUUAUAGCUGCACGAGGGACUCUGGUUAUUAGUAGUAGCUGUGGAGAUGUUUUAUAUAAAUGAUGAUUAUAUAGGUUAAAAAUAUCUUUCAAAGCAAUAAACUGUCAAUUCUUUGCAAAAACCUGUACCAUAAAGGCCACUGCGAAGCUUUUGAAUCUCACCUAAAGCAAAAUGAGAACAUAUUUUAACCGCACUUCUUUGUAGCUUGAUUUUUUGUGGUGUUUAAUGCUUUAAAAGUUGCCAAAGGUGCACUUUGUAUACUAAUAUUUUUUUUACGGAUAAUAAAUAAAUAUUUGUAGUGUAUUAUCUGACAGUCCAGCAGUACAAAAUGUUUUAAACUAGCUCUCUCUGUUUGGCUCCUCCAUGACAAGCUGCGCAACAAUCGACCCACAAUUUAAAUGAAUCCAUCUAAAAUAAUGGCCCAAUACUUCAAAGCUUAACACUUAAAGGGGCCGCUCUCCAUAAUAAGUACUUCAAAUAAUGGACGAUGCACGCACAGUUUGUUGUGCUGAUUAUGCACUUUCGAAGCAGGACUUGAAGUGCUUUUCUUAUACUGAUUCAUGUCAGCACUUUUCCACUCAUGUAAAUAUUUAUGCACCGGCAAGACCAUAGACAGUCUAUGGGCAAGACAGUAUUUGCGCAUGACUAAGAGGAGGCUGCUAUGUAACUCCGGUAUAGUUCAGCUCAGUUGAGUCGGCCAACAAAAAAACGCCUCUGGUGGGGAGGAUGACAGCGUGAUGUUUUUGGAGCAGCGAACCUGGUUGUCCAAGGUUUGUAUUUUACGUUAUUAGAUAUUAUAUGUUUAAAUCUCAUAUCUAGUGGUGAGUUUGGACCUGUUAUCUACAUGUAGCUGAUGUGGAAUAAAAACGGCGCUGUUAAGUUUAAGAAUGAGUGUUGUUAAAGGCUGGUCGGCCCUGUGUGUGCUAGCAUCUUUAGCGGUUAGCUGCAGCAGGUUAAACCGCCUACAAGUUCAUAUCAGUUACAGAUUGUUUUAUAGAGUUGAUAACUCUGUCAAAACGGGUUUAACACCAUUAAAGAGUCUUCUUUUCAUGUGAAUUUAUGGUACCUGAGUCUGGAUGGAAGAUGCUGUCAGAAAGCCUAUCUUAAUAUUUAUAUAGGUAGACGUUAAUAAAUGGAACAAACAGAUAAACUGACAAAUGAACAGAUACUGGAUAAAGGUGUGGACACCUGGGUGGUGGUGGUGGUGUUUUGCAGUAUGUGUGCUCCUUAUAUUUCGUCCACAUCCUUUACAUACAUAAGGGUACAAAAAUAUUGAACACCUUUCAGUAUAAGGGAGUCCAGUCCACCUGCAACAUCCACUAAACCCAUUAUAAACUGUCUGUACAUGUAGACCAAGAUAACUGUUGAAGAAAACUCAAAUUUGGACUAUUUCCCUGCUUUUCUCAAUAUUUUUCAGCUUUAAAUUGAAAAUUUGUCAGACCACCUAAAGGACACUGUGGUCCAUCAAAUAAAACAUAGUGAAGACACUUUAACUACUCAGCUUAGUAACUGAUAGUAAGUUAUCUGUUAGUCAUGGUCAUAUAAUGGUAUGCAGAAAAUUAAGGAUAUUUGGGUUUAAAAAAACACCCAAAAGGAGUAAAGGAUUUUUUUUUUUUGAUAUCCAGCAUUUAGUUAUUUACAGCUGUCACGGACGUUAGUAAAACAGACUACAGUCCCUGAUUUCCACAGAGACGUGGCACAAAGCUUAUUUAUUUACAAUAAAUUCUUUAGCAAUUGCGUCACUCCUUGCUUGCAGACUUAUCCUUGGAACUGGAAGUCAAAUACAGCCCUACAGUUUCUGCUGUGCUUCAAGGAAGUGCUUUCCCUUUAGAAAAGCUCCAGUACAAAAUACGCAAAUAAGUUCUCAGACCUGGAGCCCUUAUGUUAGACAUGAUAUUUUUUUAAAAAUCUUAUUAUCAAGCAGUAUGAUCAGUAUGCUACUAGAAGUGAUCUCAGUUAACUGCACAACAGCUCUCCCGGUUAUUCCUCUUAUCAGUGCUACAAAAACCAUGGUCACCUGAAUGAUCUGAGUGUCUGUAAACUUUGUCUUGACCAUCGAAUGACCAAAAUGAAUAUCUCCAUUGAUUUAAAAAGCUCACAUGCUUAAUACAGAGUUCAUAUUGUGUCCCAUUCAGACCACAUGCAAAAGUAAAUCCAGUAAUGUCUUAAUAAAACUAUAUAUAAACUAAAAAAUAAGGUUACAGCUUUUCAAGAUCUGCAGGGCACAAGAGCUAAUUGAUUAAGUCCAUAUGUUUGUAUAUAAAUGAUAAAUCACUGCAUUUGUGAUUAGUGUGAAAGUUAGAGACAGGGUCCAAAAUGAACACCCACCAGAGAGAUAUUCGGUUUGAUUAGAAAACCCUUGACCUCCCGAUGGUAGAAACCAUUAAACAACAACUAUUAAACCAUUAGAUCACAUUAGCAAACAUAAUUUGUUGAAAUCAAAGAAAACCCCAACCCCUAGGCCAUCACCCUACCAUCCAAAGUAUCCUAAAACACUGUAUUAUAACCAAAGGUAUGUGAACUAGUCAAAAGCUAAUUGAUUUUGUAACUUAAUAUGUAAAAUAAAGUAUAUUUAGUGAAAAGAAUAUUUGAUUUCAGAGAGAGAAGGAGAAUCUAAUAGUGGUGUUUGAUUCACAGAGUCCCCAUGGAUGACCUGACCGCAGCCCUCUCGGCCAGCUUUGCUGUGUCCAAGGAGCCCAACAGCACAGCUGCCCCGCAUCCUCGGCUGGCUCAGUACAAGAGCAAGUACAGUGUGCUGGAGCAGAGCGAGCGGCGGCGGCGCUUCCUCGACCUGCAAAAGAGGUAACUGUGAAGUGUUAUAGCCCUUCAAGGUUAAUAGCUCACUCAUUUAACUUCAAGUAGUUCUUGUUUUGAGAUGGAUCAGAGUGUAAAGAGAAGGUUUGGUUACUGAAGAAGUUCACACCAGCAAGGACUGAGUUUUGUUCUAAUGACAUGAUGAUUCAGAGGCUUUUUUCACCCUUUUAUAUUUAUUAACUUUACAUUCCCAGAGGCAGUAUUGCUAGUUCAAGGAAGUCAUCAAAAUGACAGAAUUGAUCAGCUUAGAAAGAUUCAAGUCUUACUGGUGUAAGUUCAAGGAAAAUGGGACGUUUGCUCUCAUUUUUCUCUGAAAAAGCUUUAUUUCUCUUUCAGUAAAAGACUCAACUACGUCAACCAUGCUCGACGUCUGGCAGAUGGGGACUGGACAGGGGCAGACAGUGAUGGAGAGGAGGAGAUGGAGAAACAGGAUGAAGGGGAACGGAAGAAAGAAGGGAACACAGAGGAGGAGGAGGGGAUGGAGAUAGAGAGGAGGAAGCUGCCGAGACAUUACGCCAACCAGGUCAUUGUUUGAUGUGUCAUAAUACCCAAAGACACUCUUCCUCAUGUGUGAAGGACGUCACUUUUACUCCCACUGCUUCUCUGCUGCAUUCUUUAUCCUGACCAGCAGAGGGCGCAAAAGUUUGUAGAAUAGCUGCCCUGAAUGAGAGUUAGAGGUGAACAGAUGAGACUGAAUAUAAUGUUAAUCAUUUUGAAUGACAAGUUUUUAAACAAAGUUUGUUUUAAUGUCUUUAGCUCAUGCUGUCAGAGUGGCUGGUGGACGUGCCAUCAGAGCUGGACACUGAUUGGUUGAUGGUGGUGUGUCCUGUUGGGAAGAGGUCUCUCAUUGUUGCCUCUAAGGUAAGAAUCUGUCUUUGCAUUUUUGGUUGUGUCACACUGACUAUCUCGAAACUUUAAAGGGAUAUUCCGGCGUAAAAUUAAGGUAGGGUCAAACACACCAUAACACGGAGUUAGACUCCCUCUGGAGAGAUGAAUGUUGCCGACUGCUUGCUUCAUUAGUUAUACCAACUUUGGUAACGACCACACGAUAGCAAUACACAGCGGUCUAUGUCUCCACGUGCAAACCUCAACCAAAACGCCACUCUAUAGCCACAAAUAAUGCUCAGAACAGCACCUAACUUCAUCAACAGUACAUAUAAGGUCCCAGUCACAGCACUAGCCACCAAACAUCUUUUUGACUUUGCCUAAUUUCUUUAGCAAAGAGACUAAACACAACUCACCCACCCUCCUCCAGCAGCCGCUUCUUUGUGGGGGAGCCCUGAUGAGUCGAUCACCGAGUGCAGUGGAUCAUUUAAAUGGAGUAAUAAUCAUCAUAAUAAUCAUUUUGGCCAGGAACCUUUAUGUACUGUUGAUGAAGUUAGGUGCUGUUCUGAGCAUUAUUUGGGGAUAUAGAGUGGCGUUUUGGUUGAGGUUUGAAAGAGACUAAACACAACUCACAACUCACCCACUCUCCUCCAGCAGCCUAUUAUUUGUGGGGGAGCCCUGAUGAGUCGAUCACCGAGUGCAGUGGAGUUUCGCAGCUCAAGGAAGAACAUUUAUGAUUAUUACUUGAUGGAAAUGCAGUCAGACUGAGAUGCUAAGGCAAAAGAACUACAGCAUCUGUAGUUCAAAAUGAUUUCUAUGAUGAUCGUUACUUCAUGGAAAUGAUCCGCUGCAUCCAGUAAUCGACUCGUCAGGACUCCCCCACAAACAAGCAGCUGCUGGAGGAGAGUGCCUCAGUUUGAUGAGCCUUUUCUAAGUAACUCUGGAGAAAAAUGUCAUAUGGAAAACAGAUUAGGAAUACUGAAUUUUUCCAAAUACUGUAAAGAUGCAUCUGUGAAUGGAAAAAGUUCAAAAUCAGAGCUAUAUUUUCAAAACUUCCAGGAUUUUGCUCAAAGUUCGCUGUUACAAGUGAAACUUGCGCGUCAUUUCCAGUCUGUCCUGUUGGUGUGUAAUUGUUCAUCUCUGAGAAACACGUCUUUGCCUCUUGGCUUGCACUCUACGAAAUGUAGGAAAAAUUUUGCUCUCUACUCUGAUAAACCUCAAGAAAACUAAGAAGAAGAAAAUUAACCGAAAGUUCACUGCGUCAGACACAGUCAGGCCAAAUUAUGCGCUGACAUUUGUGAGUCACAGUUUGCCGUUUCAUUAAUGUGGAAAUACUGGAACUUACCAUCAUGCUGAUGUAAAUAUGACUUACCCCACUAGAUUAAGAUAUAAUGACAGAGAGAAACUCACUCAGGAGGAAGACAUCUGCCUCUGUGCUGCAGAUACAGAUGGGAGGCUGUUGGUUUAGUGUUUUAUGACAUUUGUAUUACUCCAUGGUAUAAACACAAAGAUUUAAUUUCAACUAGCAGAUUAAACAUCGAAGGAGUAUAGCACAAAUUAAAGAAGUAUAUUACCCAUUACUAUUAUACCUGACAAGUCCUCUAGUUAUGGAUCUGAAAUGCAUUUGAUUUGUUUUAUAUAAAAACUAUGUUUCAUGCUCUCGAUGGCCUGAAACAUUUCAGCGACUCCACCAACAUCCUUAGAAAAUCCUUUUAGUAAUGUUGUCAUAACUCCCAGAGAUGAUGUUCUUCAGGGUUUGUGUUUUUUAUGAGCGUUGACACUUGCUGUGAAAAACAUGAACUCUGGUUUUGUUUUGCUUGUUGUAUUUUUUCCAUCUGAUAAUAACAUCUUGACAAAAACUGUAAAACUCAAAACAACUGCAGCGAUCCCCCUGAAUCGGUUAUGAGUAAAAAAAAAGCAUCUUAUCAGCGUUAAAUCCAGGAUCCAUGAGUCCUGACACUGUGGUCCUUGAUCACAGAUUUCCUCCCUCAGUACACACAAACCUUUGUUGUCCUAUUGUAACUGACACUUCAAACCCUGUGAUGCAACCAUCUCUCGCAGCAUAAUGACAGUCAUAUGGUUCCUCAUUCAGUAUUUCAGAUCUUGACCUCAUUCACAACACAUCUGUGAAACACAGCGGCACAGCGCUCGUCAGAAAACCACGACGGAGCGCCCUUUGAAACACAAAAACAACAGAUGGUUUGUGUUGCUUGAGGAAAACUAAAUGUGAUAUGUUUCAUCUGCUCGCAAGUUGUUGUGUUUUUUUUUUAUUUUAUUUUUUUUGGCGCUGUUACAUAAUGUGACACUUUCGACUUGUUGUCACUCUAAAGUUUCUGUGCGGUGAUGCUGUCAGGAGUGACGAGAUCAUUAAAUAAAAGAUCAUUUUAUUGUUUCAUUUUUAGACUUCAAUGUAAUUUCAGUGUCAAAAUAAAAACUAAUUUCGGAUACAAGUUAUUCUAUUAUUGACUAUAUCAUUACUGGAUACCAGAGCUGGAUUGUAAACCUCUGUUUUUGAGCCUAUAAGGUGAUCAUAUGUGGAGUCUGAGGCUCCACAUAUGUUUUUUUGAAUCUUUGAAGUCGUCAGGCAUGUGUUUCAGGGCCUGUGUCCACUAAACGCAUUUUAUUUUUGAUUGAAAACAUCACCAAUCUCAAUAUCCCUGCACUUCUCACUGCAGAUGCUGUUGUUAAUUAAAGGAUUGCUAAUUAUUAACAUUCAGACAUCAGCUAAGCAGUGAGAUGGCUGCAAAAUAGCAAAAGAUUAAAUUCUCCCAUUUAAUUAAAUAAUUAACAGUUUAUCUGCAGCCGUUGUUAAUGAUGACUUUUCCCACCAUGUUUUAGUCCAGAACGCAGCUUUAAAGUAAGAGCAUUGUGUAAAAAUAAGGGGUCCUUUCAUCUAAUGAGAUCAAUAAUAAGAUGAAUUCAGCUAUUGCUCUAUCAGUGCAUUAUGGAAGUUGCCAUCAUUGUAUGUUUUCAAGGCUUGUAAUGUUAGCAUAGCUGACACAGAGCACAUAAAACUCUCAGUUAGUAAUUUUUCGGUGUGUUCGAGACUGAAAUUCAUGAAGCUUGCAGAAACAUUUGGUCCGAACCAUCUUGCUUGUUGAUGUGCACACCAAAAAUCAAGUCAAUCUGAGGCCAUUACACAGCCAACAUCCCUCCUGAGUAAAGUCAAGGUGGGGUACAGUUUGCUAAGUUGAGAGAAGUCCCGCCCCUUUUUCAUUUUGAUUGGUCACCUAUGGAGGAGUGAGAUAACCAACAUCUGCAGGUCUGUCCUAGAGUUCAACACAGAGGGCUGUGAGUGCAGCAACCAAAACAGCUGGUGUCAAGGGUGUUUUUACACUGAGGAUACUGAGUGCAGAAUAUGCUGUCAGUGGACACAGGCCCUUAUUGUGACUAUCCAGUUUCAAAAUGUCACAGUGCUGCAUGUACACAAAUACCUUUAAAAGUGUAAACACUGUGAUACCUGCGAGUAAAUGACACUGUAUUACACAGCGUCCUUUUCUAGAGGACAAACACACAGCACAGGAAAUAUAUAAGGUCUGUUAUCAAACAACGUCGCUCAGGGGAGGUUGUGGCGUGGUUCUUACUGUUGUCUCUUUCCUCAUUUAUCAUCUCUGUUUUUGACUUCUCCUCCUGAAGGGGUCCACUGCAGCGUACACUAAAAGCGGCUACUGUGUGAACCGCUUCCCCUCCCUGCUGCCGGGUGGGAACCGACACAACUCAGCCAUGGGAAAAGGUAGGCGAGCGUGUUUGUUUGUGGAGCUUAGCAGUUCAUAAUAGAGUAGCCCUUUGGCUUUUUAGCAACACAAGAAAAUUAACCUCCCACAUACGCAUGCAUGCAUGCACGGUAUCCUCAAAAGACUUAUCCAGUUGUAGCAACUAUUUGUGGUUAGGGUGUCUAAUUAUUCAUCUGGUUUGUCAUCGCUGUGCACAAUCAAAUCACAUUCAACCCACAAUCCUCUUUCAGAUGAAGUAUAUUGAGGUUAUGUGUUUGUAAAUAAAAUAGAUGUUUGACCAGUUUUGUACACCAUAUAUCUUUUAUUGUCCCCUGCAGACUACACCAUCCUGGACUGCAUCUACAGCGAGGUGGACAGAACGUACUACAUCCUGGAUGUCAUGUGUUGGAGAGGCCACCCGGUGUACGACUGCCCGGUAACACUUGCUUCUAAUCCUCCAGCAAUCCAGGAAUGCUUGUCUAAUUGCUUAAGUAGUAAGGUCUGGGCCACAGAUGUGCUUUUUCGCCACGUUGCCCAUCUCGCUGGCUCGGGCUUCAGAAAAGGAGGUUUUUGUUUACAGUCCUUGUUUUCUCAUCAACAGACCGAGUUCCGUUUCUACUGGCUUCAAUCCAAAGUGCAGGAGGUGGACGGCCUAUCAGAAAUCGCCAAACGUAAUCCUGUGAGUAACAGAGCCAAGAGCAGAGCCUCCUCACAUCAUGUCCCAUUUUUCUUUCCCUAGUUUAGCGCUCUGUUAUUUGAGACACUGUAACAUCUUUAUUCAAUCUUCAAAUUUUCUGCUUUUCCUGUUUGUUGUGCCUCAUGCUGCACCUUUUUUUUCCACAUAUGGGAUAAAUAAAGUCCUGAAUAUGAACUCAAACCUCCUCAGGGGAAAAUGAGACAAAGGAAAUUUCAAAGCAAAGCCCCCCAUUGGCCUCUUGGGUUCGAACCGUGCUCUCUAGAUCUAUGAUUACACACAAAACUUGAGGUUGGAGGUCCUUUUUAGUACACUGAAUAAAGUUUGGAGUGGAGUUUAAGGUCCACUUUUUAGUCUGCCUUGUUUGUGUACAGCCCAUGAGAAGCCAAAUCAGGCGAAUCCUCUACAGAGUAAACUCACCAUUCAAAAGCGAAACCUCAAAUUUGACAAGAUGACAAACUGUGUUUGGAACUUACAUGAGGUGCUCUGGUUUUGUUUGGUCCAACAGUUCCGGUUUGUGAGUCUCCAAAGUACAGAGUGCAAGACGGAGCUGAUUCAGAAAGCCCUGGCAGCAGAGUACAGCUUCAGUGUAAGAUCUUUAGUAUUAUUUUUAACUCUUCUUUUACUGUUUUAAUUAUUUUUUUUAUUGCUUAUUGUGUGUAUUAAUCUCUGCAUAUUCUGUCCCAUUAUCUCUCAUUUUUUGUUUUGUUUUAACGGCUGUAAAGCUCGUUGAAUUGUGUUUGAUCUGUGCAAAAAGUAGAGUGAGAACAAUACUCGACAUGAUGAUUGACUUAAAAGAGAGUUUUGUCGAGUAAAUUACACACAGAAAUACAUUUUGCACGCUAUUCAUUAGUUAGAAUUCUCUUUUAUUUCCCUGCAGGUGGACGGUCUCCUCUUCUACCACCGGCAGACCCACUACACCCCAGGCACCACCCCUCUUGUGGGCUGGCUCCGCCCAUACAUGGUCACAGACAUCCUGGGCGUAGAGGUUCCUCCAGGACCCCUCACCAAGAAGCCUGAAUACGCCAGCCACCAGCUACAACAGAUCCUGGAGCACAAAAAACCCUCGAGUGAAGUCCGUCCGGCCAACAGCAGCGGAAGCUACGAGCUGGAGCACCUGUCCACGCCAGGAGAAUAGAGAGGCAGACGCGGCGCUCUGAGUGGGAGGUGUUAAAAACAUGCAAAUAUCACGGCGGCCCACAUAUGGCUCUUUAGAAUCUGUUGAAUGCCUCUGCAGAUCUUGCCAAUUGCAGAGCAUGGCUAAUUCUAAUCCGGCGCUGCACAGGACGCCCUCAGAGUGCAGAUUAGUCGAGCUGUUCCAUACGUGUUUUUAUCUGACUGUAAACUGAAGUCUGACAUUUCCAUCUGAACUUUUACCUGCUGCAGGGAACGGAAACCCUGAGAUUAACCGUGCACUAUUCAGCCACUAUACUCAAAGUCUGACGUUCAAGUCGACUUUAUAACACCGUCAGUAGUCACCUAAGAUAAAAGACCAGGUCUCUCGUCUGAGAUGAACUGAGUGUUGCUUUGCUGCUCUGCACUUUUUGCACUCGAAAAGAUCGCACAUAAGAAACAUCUCACUGUCAUCGGUCAUUUCUACCACUAUCAUAGAUGCUUGAUGAGGUUCUGCUGAAUGAUAUUCCCCCUGCAGCAAACUAAGUUCCUGCUCAGGAGCAGCAGUAUUUUUACGUUUAACUGAAAACUGUUCUUCAAAUUUUUUAAAAUGUGUGUUUCUUAAUAAAGGUGUUUUUUUUAAAUGCACAAUGAUCCAACAGGCUGAAGCUGCUUUUAUUUUGAAAGGUGUGGCUGGAGCGGGACCUUCAACUCAAACACCUCAGACUUUACUGUACACGCACAAUCAAUGUAUCUGCGAGAAGCUGAUGUUACAGUGUACGCUGACUCAUUCUGCUGAUGGCGGCGCUCGUCAGCAGAUAUUCACGAGCAGCUCUUCCCCUCUGCGCUCUUAGCUUACUGUUAUUUUAGUAACGCGGGAGAGCUGGGCGGAAACUGUCAACAGGAAAAGACGUGAAAGUGUUGUGAACUGAGCUGCAGCAACCAGUGCCAACACGUCCUCAGAGAGAGAGAGAGAGAACAUCGUAGCCUCAGGUUACAGGUUUCACUCUGAGAAGCAAUUUGUUCUCCCAUUAGUAGAGGUUUUAUGGUUAAGAGUUUUUUAAUUUUAACUUAAAGUGCUCGCUUUUAGAUCCUCCUGAGAGCCUGAACCGCUUUAGAAACUGAGAUCUGAACUGUUUUUGAGUGAUAGACUAGAAACAGGACUCUUAAUGAAGCUGUGGUAUCAUUGGUAACAUAAUAGAAACUGCCCAGUUAAAUUCAUUUUUUUAAAACA